CCCAGACCGCACUUGGGCACCUGCACGGGCAGGGCGGGGGAGCCGCGGCCUGGACCACCGGGCGCAUCCAAACCAGCGUGCAACCUGUCCUGGCCCACCCGGACGCCUGCAGCCCCGCAAGAGCCGCAGCCCACCUCUCCAAGAUGUCCAAGGUAGCCAAGUAUCGCCGGCAGGUGAGCGAAGACCCUGACAUCGACAGCCUGCUGUCCACCCUGUCCCCCGAGGAGAUGGAGGAGCUGGAGAAGGAGCUGGACGUGGCGGACCCCGACGGGAGCGUUCCCCUGGGGCUGCGUCAGAGGAACCAGACUGAGAAGCCGUCCACGGGCGCGUACAACCGGGAGGCCAUGCUCAACUUCUGUGAGAAGGAGACCAAGAAGCUCAUCCAGAGGGAGGCGUCCGUGGAUGAGGGCAAGCAAGUGGAAACCAAGACAGAUGCGAAAAAGGGAGAAGACAAGGGGAGAGACACUGGCAAGAAGCCCCUGGGCCCCAGACGGGACUCAGACCUGGGGAAGGAGCCCAAGAAGGGUAGCAUGAAGAAAAGCGUCUCGAGGGACAAGGACGAAGCUGACGGCAGGAGUGCAGAGAGGCCCAAGGAGGAGAAGCUCGUCAGGGGCCUGGAGAAGGGCCGGGUCAGGGCCGCGGUGGACAAGAAGGAGGCUGGGAAGGAGGGGCCGGCCGCCCCCCUGAAGGACGAGGAGGAGCAGAGGAGCGUGACCGGAGACAAGGGCAAGAAGGGCGAGCAGCCCGAGGCGGCAGGCGAGGCGGCAGCGCCUGAGACGGCCAAGGGGCUGCGGGCGGGUGAGGGCGCCCGGGCGGGGGCCCCGGGGCCGAAGGGGGGGCGCGGGGACAGGGCCACCAGGCCGGAGGGCGAGAGGGCCAGGAAGGAGGAGCCCCACGAGGUGAAGGCCCCCAGAGAAGACAGCAAGACCCCAGUGCCAGAGAAACCCACCCCUGGAGCCCCCGCGAAGCCCGCUGAGGGGCCCGCCAAGGCCGAGGAGGAGGAGGCGGCCCCCAGCAUCUUCGACGAGCUCCUGGAGAGGGUGAGGAGCAACGACCCGGAGGUGACCGCGGUGAACGUCAACAACUCGGACUGCAUCACCUCGGAGAUCCUGGUGCGCUUCGCGGAAGCGCUGGAGUUCAACACGGCCGUCAAGGUCUUCGCCCUGGCCAACACGCGGGCGGACGACCACGUGGCCUUCGCCAUCGCCAUCAUGCUCAAGGCCAACAAGACCAUCACCAGCCUGAACCUGGACUCCAACCACAUCACCAGCAAAGGCAUCCUGGCCAUCUUCCGGGCCCUGCUGCAGAACAGCUCGCUGACCGAGCUCCGCUUCCACAACCAGCGCCACAUCUGCGGCGGCAAGACCGAGAUGGAGAUGGCCAAGCUGCUCAAGGAGAACACCACGCUGCUCAAGCUGGGCUACCACUUCGAGCUGGCCGGGCCCCGCAUGACCGUCACCAACCUGCUCAGCCGCAACAUGGACCGGCAGCGGCAGAAGCGGCUGCAGGAGCAGCGGCAGGCGCAGGAGGCCCAGGCAGGGAAGGCGCUGCCCGAGGUGCCCCAGGCCCGGCCCCCCGCCCGGGGCUCCCCCAGGCCCUCCCUGCAGCCGCCCCCCAAGGCCGCUCCCAAGAACUCACCGGGCAAAGGGGGUGCCCCGGCCGCACCCCCCCCACCGCCGCCGCCCCUGGCACCCCCGCUCAUCAUGGAGAAUCUGAGGAACUCGCUGUCCCCGGCCACCCAGCGGAAGAUGGGCGACAAGGCCCUCCCCGCCCAGGAGAAGAACUCUCGGGACCAGCUGCUGGCGGCCAUCCGCUCCAGCAACCUCAAGCAGCUCAAGAAGGUGGAGGUGCCCAAGCUGCUGCAGUAGACCGGGCUGCAGGCGCCGCCGCCACGCCACACCUGCCCAGGCCCUGCUCCCAGGGCCGCACGGACCCCGCCCGCCACGCCAGCUGCCCUGCUCUGGACAUCCCUGCCCUACCCUGGUGGAGCCGGAGGCCGCGGCCACUCCACCAAGGGCACCCCCUCCCCUGGCUUCUUUCCUUGUCUCUGACGUCUCCACCACUGUCUCGUCCCUGGAGCGGGUGGUUCUGGACCAGGAGAGUCCGACUGGCACGCGACCGAGAAGACGACGCCCCUGGAGCCUGAGUGGCCGACCAGCUGCCAAAGGCCUAGGAGCCGGGAGGGGGUCCCUCAGGGGUCAUGCGACCCAUGGGCCCACCGCCCCCCAGGGCCACGAUGCAGGCCUCUGAGAAGCCCUGUGUGGGGCAGGGGUGUGAGGCUGGAGGGCCGCGGGCCCAGGGGAGAGGGCGGAGGGGCUGAGGGUGCCCCAAACCCCUCCCCGCUAAGCAGGGGACUUGAGGGGCGCAGCCUGCUGGGGGGUGGGCUGCCGCAGGGGGAGAGGACAGACGGCCGCUGGACCUGACGACUGGGUGCCAAAGCAGACGCUCCCUCACGCGCGCCCGCUGCUGUACAGACAGCUGCGACCUGUCCUCCGCGAGGUGUUUUAAUAGAUGCGAGCCUCCAGCUGUGAGCGCCGCGCACCCGGGUGCCGUCCCCAGGGUCCCGGCGCUCACCCCUGCUCGGGAAGUGCAGACUCCCCGCCCCGCCGC